CUCCGGCCUUCUGCCCCCCCAGGCCGGCUCCGCUCCGCUGGCAGUGUCGGGUUACUGCUGUGUCCUGCGCGCCAGGGGCUGGGCAGAGGAGUAGGCGCUCGGGCUGGGCACACAUUCGGCGAGGCAGUGGAUCCGCGCUCCGGGAAACUAUGGCUGAUGACUUCGGCUUAUUCUCCUCGGGCAGUGGGGCCCCGGGGCCAGCGGAGGAGGACCCCGCAGCUGCUUUCCUGGCCCAGCAGGAGAGUGAGAUCGCAGGCAUUGAAAACGAUGAGGAGGGUUUUGGAGGCGCUGAGGGAGCCCUGCAGCAGCCGGCAGCUGAAAAUGGAACUGGUAUUGAAAACACAGGGACUACAGUCAAUGGAGAUAUGUUCCAGGAAGCCAACGGUCCUUCUGAUGGCUAUGCUGCUGUAGCCCAGGCAGACAGGCUGAGCCAGGAACCAGAGAGCAUCAGAAAGUGGAGAGAGGAGCAGAAGAAGCGUUUGCAAGAGCUGGAUGCAGCUUCUAAGGUGACGGAGCAAGAAUGGCGGGAGAAGGCAAAGAGGGACCUUGAAGAAUGGAAUGUGCGACAGAAUGAGCAGGUGGAGAAAAACAAAGUCAGCAACAGGAUCGCUGACAAAGCAUUCUACCAGCAACCAGAUGCCGACAUCAUAGGUUAUGUAGCAUCUGAAGAAGCCUUCCUGAAGGAGUCUAAGGAAGAGGUACCUGGUACAGAAUGGGAAAAGGUGGCCCAGCUAUGUGACUUCAACCCCAAGAGCAGCAGGCAAUGCAAGGAUGUAUCCCGCAUGCGAUCUAUGCUCAUUUCCCUGAAACAAAACCCACUGUCCCGCUAGGCACCCCUCCGGGGUAACCAAAGAGCAGAGGGCGAGAAGGCCGAGGCAGAGGAAGAAGAGAGGAGGGAAGGGGAAGCCGCUCCUCCAAUAGACACAGCACAAAAUGUUUAGUCUCCCCCAUCCUUUGGGGCAAAGGGAGCCCCCUCCCUGGCCUCUUCCUUCUCAAACUCACCACCUUAGGUGUCAUAUAUACCAUUGGUUUGCCACAUCAUGACCACUAAGUCUCCUAGGUCUCUUAUUUUUCUUGGUUUAAAGGUUGUAUUGUUAACUCUUUUUACACUUAUUUAUUAUCAUUCUUGUAUCUUUGGAAGCUACAAUCUAAGCCAGGCUGCCAUUUGUAUUGAUCCCUUCCUACUAUCUGUGUGACUUUUGCAAAGUCCUUUCCUUUCUCCAGGCUUCAGUUUGCUCAUCUGUAAGACAAGAGAGUUUCACUAGAUAACCUCAAGGUCAUUUCUUGCUCUAAAUCAUAUUAGUCUUGCUCAGCUCCAUGACCUUCUUGGAUUUCCAAGAGCACAUGCCAUUUAAAACAUGUGGGAACCACUUACAGCCUUCUCUGGUCCUUGCUGGUAUCCCCAAACAUCUGCUGUAGUGUCUCCAGUUUUUGAGAAUAUCUCAUUAGUCAGAGGCCAUUCUAAUGGGAGAUGCUGAAUCAUGACUGAAAUGAACUCUUUCAGACCCAUCUUGUAAAAAUGGAGAAAUAAUCAGCCAUGGUCGGGUAAGGAAUCAACUGAUCCAGCAAUCAACCAACCAAUGAGCACUGAUUGUCUACUACGUGUCAGACAUUGUGGUACUUCAGAUACAAGUACAAAAGACAGUUCCUGCCCUCAAAGAGCUUAUAUUCCUUUAGAGAAAUAAGUCAUGUUCACAGAUGAGGAAAUAUAGGAUGUUUACAAAAUAAAUGCAUUGAGAUUGGAAAGAAAAUGAAGUAGGAAAAAAGGAAAUAGUGAGAAGUCAGGAAAGAGAAGCAAGACUAAGUUGCUGUAUUGGUGAUUUCCUCUGAACUUAUCUGAAAAGAGGGGGUGAUCUUAGUCCUGUAAAAAUUUUUGAGCAAUUUCAAGUUCUCCUGAUUCAGAACUGACUCACCCAGGCCUCCCAGAAAAGUCAUAACCUAGAAGAAAGACUAACACUUCUUUAGAUAGGAUGGGGUAGCUACAAUGGUCAAUGGUGGAUAUUCACCACAUAUUACUUAGCACAUACUAUUGCCUUCACUUCCCAUUACACUGUCCAUUCUUUAAGCCUCUUCCCUCAUGAGGGGACAGGAAAAGCGUCCAUUUUUUUUUUUAAUCUUAUAGCCUAGAUUGUAUUUAAGUAAAGGUUUGUCUAUUCUAGGUUUGAUAUUUUCUGUUCAUUUCCAUUUCCAUGACCAUGGCCAGUCCCUAGCUGGAUGACAGUACCAUUUUCCUCAAUAACUGGCAUCCUUACUUUUUCCCUGGCCAUAAUCCCAGCUUUCUUAAUAAGAGCCCAAGUCUCUUGCUUGAGUAGAACCUCAGCCUCUGUCUUGGUUAUAACUCCAGCCCUCUCCUCAACUCAUCAAUUUAUCAAUGAGAACUUAUUAUGCACCUACGUGAACCAGGCACUGUGCUGGAUAUUGGAGAUACAAAGAUAAAAGAAGGCUCAUGCCCUCAAAGAGCUUAUAUCCUACCAGGGUGACAGCAUGCUCACUCUCACUCACAGACACAUACAGGAUGUACACAAAAUUAAUACAAAGGAAUUACGGGACAACUGGGAGAACAAGGAAUGUCCCUAGUGGAGAAGGCACUUGAGCUGGUCCUUGAAGGCUGUCAAAGAUUCUGAGAGAAGGAAUUGAAGAGAGAAUUCUCCUCAUAGGGUACACUCUGUAAAAGCUCAAGGGUGGGAAAUAGGUCCUGUACCAGUAAGCCAGUUUGAUUAGAAUAGAGAUUAUUUGAGGAGAGGUAAUGUGUAAUCAACCUCAAUUCAUUUCAUCACACGUUUUAAAAGCUUUUGCUCUGUGCAAAAUUCUGGUUCAAGUUGGGUGAAAUUUGAAUGUAGGGAGCUGACAGUUUAGAAGGGGGACAGAACCACAUGUAGACAAACAGCAAGCAUCUAUGCCAUCUAGUAUGUGAGGCAAGCAGGAAGGUCAUUAACCAGGGGCACAGGAUCAGCUUCCUGAAGGGACCAGCAUAAAAAAUUUUUACAAAAUCAAGUUUUCUAGAUGGUGGUUCUCUCAGCUAAACAGAUGAAAAGAACUAUAGUUGGAGACAGCCACAGUGCUCAACAUAUCUGUCAUCCAUACUUCCUCAGACACAGUCAUGGACAUCUUUUUUCUGAAUUUUAAGAAGCUUUCUUUGACCAUCCAGAAAGCCUGAUUUCCAGUUUUUGGGGAUCAAUGCUAGGCAGAUUACCUCCAGAAACAAGCUAAUGCAUAAUUAAGCUUUGAAGGCUGUAUUGCACUUGGGAAAUGUCAUCUUUGGGGAAAUCUCUUUUCCUCCAUGUCUGAUUUUAGUGUUUUAGUAAUUCUCCAGUGUUCAAAGUAUUCAAAUCCACUUCUACCUGGUCACAUCUUUGCUAGAUGCAAUGUUGUCCUUUAUGAUGAAUUCCUUGGGGAAUUGGUACCAAAUGGCUAUUGACAGCCAUCAGAAAAUUCUGAAAGAAACUCAUUUAGCUCCUGGCUUCCUUCUACUAACCUGAUAAAAUAAAUAAUAUCUUAUGCAGAUGCUGGGUCAGAAUGGUUAGAAACACAUCAUAGAGAAUGGCAAUUUCAAUGAGUUGUAUCAUUGCCUCGCUUUUGUCUCUGUGAGCCUAUUUCAAAUCUAAUAUUAAAAAAAAAUUGAAGCCAUAGAAAGAAAGAAAUGCAUUUCCCCAAUUAUAAGGUCAAUCAACCAACUGACAUUAAGGGUCGGCUAUGGGUCAGACACUGUGCUAAGAGCUUUGGAAUACAAAAAGAGAUAAUAGUCCCUGUCCUCAAGAAGCUAACGGAGGAAGCAACAUACAAUCAUAUAUAUAUAUAUAUACACACACACACACACACACACACACACACAAGGAAAGGAAAACUGGGAAAUUAAAGAGAAGCCACUAAAAUUAAGAAGGGUUAGAAAAGACUUCCUGUAAGAUGAGAGAUUUUAGUUAGGACUUAAAGCUGGAGAAGCCUGCAGAACUGAGGAGGGACUGUGUUCUAGGAAGGGGGGCAACCAGAGACAAUGCCCAGAACUAAGUGUGUUUUCUUUUGAUUCAGGUAGGUCAAUGAUUCUGUCUGUGCUGUUCCAUAUUGAGUACUUGGCUGUGGCUGUCCCUCCAACCCACUCUGAUCUCUCUAAUGCUCAGCAGACACAUGUCAAGACUAGGGAAGUCUAGGUACAAAAUGAAUGCUUAAAGUUGAGGGCAAAAGCCAAACUCAGGUUGGAGGUCAGAUGAUAAUCAUGUGUGUGUGUGUGUAUAUAUACACACACUUUGAUUUAUUCCUUUUACAUUUACUGAGUAUGUGUCACAUGCAGAAUCUUAUGCACAGGGUUAGUGUUAUAGUUUAGGCAACUCAUGGUUGACACUUCAACUCUAGUAAGAGAAAAAAAGAACUAGAAAGCAGUAAUAGUUUUACAUGACAAGUGCCAUCAGAAAGGUACCAAGUACUUACUACAUAAGAUCCUCGAGAAGUUAUUCCCCUGAAGAGACUCAGAAAACUGGAGGCAGCAUUUAUUACUAAGCACUCUACAGAUAUCAUCUCAUUUGAUUCUCACAAAACAAUCUCUUGAGGUAGGUAGCACAAGGAUUAUUGCUUUCAUUUUAUAGGUGAGCAAACUGAAGCCCUGAAAAGGGAAGUGAAUGGCCCAAGGUCACACAGUUCCUAAGUAGCACAGCUGGAACUUGAACCCAGGUCUUAAGAAAAGUGCUUUAUAAGCCCCAAGGUCAUAUAUAAAUGUGAGUAUCAUUCUGA